AUGGAAACCCUUCCUUCUAAUCCAAUGUUAAGUCAAAAUAACAACAGUAUGGAUAAUUCAGAUAUGAUUCACCCCAGAUCCUAUGUUGGAUUUGAUACUAUCACAAAUCAAAUUGAGCGUAGAUUACUACAACGAGGUUUCCAGUUUAACAUUAUGACAGUUGGUGAAUCAGGGUUAGGUAAAACUACUUUUUUAAAUACAUUAUUUGCAUCCCAUUUACUAGAUCCAAUUACUGGUGAAGCUAUUUAUGAUUCAAUGGAGAAGACUACUGAAAUUACUGUCUCACAACAUACAUUGAUCGAAGAUCAAGUUCGUUUGAAUGUCAAUUUGAUUGACACGCCUGGGUUUGGUGAUCAUAUUGAUAAUGAUCGUUGUUGGGAACCAAUUGUAAAAUAUAUCAAAGAACAACAUUCUCAAUACUUAAGAAAGGAAUUAACUGCACAAAGAGAGAGACAUAUUCUUGAUACAAGAGUCCAUGCUGUGCUUUAUUUUUUGAAUCCAUCAAAUAUUAAAAGAGGAUUAACCCCAUUGGACAUAAUAACAUUGAAAAAAUUAUGUGAUAUUGUUAACGUUAUACCAGUAAUUGGUAAAUCUGACAUGUUAACUUUAGACGAAAGAUUAAAUUUUAGAGAACUUAUUAAACAACAACUAGCAAUCAAUGAUAUCAGAAUUUAUCCAUAUGAUGAUUUGCCAGAUACUACUGAGGAAGAUCUAGCUUUGAAUAAUUCAAUUAAGUCAAUUAUUCCUUUUGCUGUGAUCGGUGCAGAGAAAGAAGUUGAAAUCAAUGGUGAAUUAGUUAGAGGUAGAAAAAACCGUUGGGGUAUGAUCAAUAUAGAAGAUAUGAAUCAGUGUGAAUUUGUAUAUCUAAGAGAAUUUUUAAUUAGAACCCAUUUACAAGAUUUGAUUGAAGCCACUGCAUUCAUUCAUUAUGAAAAGUUUAGAUCAAGACAAUUAAUUGCUUUGAAAGAAAAUGCAAGCAACGCAGCUCAUCGUCAAUAA